CACCACCUCACAUCCAUCUACUCUACACAUCGCCUACUCUCCGAUACGACCGACACACCGCUCACCGCCCUCUCGCAGAUCGUAUCCAUCACCCACAAACGCACGCGAGGCGCACACACCUUCUUUGAGAUCUCACGAUGGCCCCCGUUAUUGAUCCUCACUUCGUCUGGGCAUUUGGGCACGUUACUGUGCUCAUCAAUGCUGCCUACAUCAUCGUCCAGACACUGCUGUUCCGUGGAACCCCAAACAUCCCAUACCGUCUCUUGUACAUGGGAGCGCUUUUGAGCUACUCGAUCGUCGUAUUCAAGUCGCUCGGCAAGCCAACUGGCAUGCCCUGGGUUCGCCGCGCGUUCGUUGACGAGAACGCUCAGUACGCUUUGCUGGCGUUCUACUGGCUCAUCUCCAAGGCCAUCGGCAUCACAAUCCUCCCCUUUGCGACCUUCUCGCUCUUCCACUGCGCCACUUUCAUUCGUACCAAUGUCCUUCCCAAGUUUUCCCCUAAAGUCACGGCUGGCCAGCAGCGCCCGCCUCCCAACUGGGCCGAUAGCCUUGGACCCAAGAUCCAGCAACUGGUCAAGGGCAACUACGACCAGGCGAUGAACUUCGUCGCGUACUCCGAGCUCGUGAUCCUCCUCCGCGUCUUCGUCGGUGCCAUCACGUGGCGUUCGUCCUUCAUCGCCCCGAUUUUCCUUGCACACUUCAUCCGCCUCCGUUACCACGCCUCGCUCUUCACCCGCCACGCCGUUAACACUGUCGGUGCCAAGAUUGACGGUCUCGUUGCUGGCAAGGCCCCAGCCGUCCAGAAUGGCUGGGCGACUGCCAAGCGUAUCCUUGGCCAGUGGGGCGGCGGUCAGCUCGUCCCCGGCGCUCAGCCCGCGGCCCGGCCGGCCGCUGCUGGUGCCCGCGCUCCCGGUGCUGCUGGCACCGCCGCAGGUGCGUCGACGGGUACGGCAACCGGCGCUGCGCCGGCAGCAGGCGCGCCUGGCACGACCGGCGCGACGCGCCGCGCUUAAACGUGUGGCUGGCAAUUUGAAGCAGCUAAUACACACAUACAGCAGAAUACGCUGUACAUUAUGUAUAGCCGGCGCAGUUAGCCUAUGAAUGUUCUGCGUCGA